CUUCACAUGAGGAUUAUAUGAGAACAAAAUUAAAAAAUGAGUUGUGGGAGAAGAUAGCCAGAGAUUUAAAUUACACAAGUGGCAAGGAUGCUAAAGAACAAUGGCGGAAGCUAAGAGAGUGUCAUCGUGAAGCUAUCCGAAGGCAACAAAAGAAAAGUGGAGAACAAACAACCACUACGAAACCAUGGACCUAUCAAAAACAAAUGGAGUUUUUAAAACCAUACAUGAAAAACAGACUCACUGCUGGAUGUCCCAGCACCUCAGCUCCUGAUGACAGCCAGGUAGAAGAAGAAGAUGUACUCUCUGCUGAUCCACCAAGUGUUCAAUCAAAUUUUGAAACAGAUCAAUCCAUGGAUACACCCACUUCAAAAAAAGCGAAAAAAUCUGGUGAUCCUCUAUUGAGAAAAUACAUCGAAGAUGGUGAGAAAAGAGCUAAGAGUCGGGAAGAGUUACGUCAAAAACUAAUAGCUCAAUCUCAGCAAGAAGCAGUGUUACAAAAUGAUGCUCUACAUCUUUUUUUUAUGUCAAUGUAACAAAAAAUCUUCCUACCAAAUUUCAAAGGCAAGUCAGAAGAAAAGUUUUUGAUGUCGUCUCACAAGCAGAAGAUGAUGCUG